AGUCAUUCGUCGUCGGACGUCCUUGUGUAGCGUCAGUGUUCGUUUGGCAGUCGGUCGUGUAGGACGUCGCGCUCUCUUCCUCCGGCUGAUCUCGCACGUGCGCUCUCACAUUCUCGGGGAGAGAAGCAGAUGUCACCUCCAUAAACGGAGAAGUGGAGAGAGAAACACCAACAAAAAAUAAACAGCAAGUUGGAGUGCAGCGGAUCGCACCGAACGCAACCAGAACAAUGACAGCCCGGCUCCUUCGAAUGAUUCCUAUCUACCUGCUGAGGAUCCUCUUAGCCGCCAUCUUGCACGACGCUGGUUCGCAUGAUUACGACGCCUCGCACAAGUUGGCUGAACAGUACGAUUUCAUAAUAGUCGGGUCAGGAGCAGCGGGCGGAGUCUUGGCGUCUCGUCUGUCGGAGGUGGCCGGGUGGAAAAUUCUCUUGCUGGAGGCCGGAGGGAAGCCGCCUCUAGAGAGCAACGUCCCCGCCCUUAACCUUGCCUUAAUCCAAGGGGACGCCGACUGGAAUCUCUUGACCACGCCGCAGAAGUAUUCCUUGAAGGGAUUCAAGAACAAUAGAUCACCGUUUCCCCUGGGGCGCGUCGUUGGCGGAUCUACGACGAUCAACUUUAUGAUGUACGUCCGAGGUAACAGGAGGGAUUACGACAAUUGGGAGGCGCUGGGCAAUCCCGGAUGGGGCUAUGACGUCGCCCUGAAGUAUUUCAAAAAGGCUGAGGAUUAUCGAGGGACCAGAAAUGCAGCCACCAGGGAUUACCAUGGAAAAGGAGGCCCUCUGGUUGUGGAUGACAAGCGAUGGUGGACCCCUCUGCUGAAUGGCUUUCUGAAGGCUGGUGAACAGCUGGGUUACAGAACAAUUGAUCCAAAUGGACCAGACCAGAUAGGUUUCUCAGUAGCAGAUCUCACGCACAGAAACGGGAUACGAGGAUCCACAGCAGUUUCUUAUAUUAGACCUGCAGCCAGUAGGCCAAACUUAGAUGUAGCUUUCAAUGCCUAUGUCACACAGGUUCUGUUUGACAAUAAGAAGAAAGCGAUUGGGGUCCGCUUUUUACAAAAUGGAAAGCUUCGCACUGUCCUUGCCCGUCGAGAAGUCAUUUUAUCAGCUGGAGCUGUUUUUUCUCCUCAUAUACUGAUGCUGUCAGGCGUGGGACCAGCACGUCACCUUCAAGAACAUAAGAUUCCAGUUCUUGUAGAUCUUCCAGGAGUUGGUCAAAACUUUCAGGACCAUCCAUCUAUCUUUGGACUUACUUGGACUACCAGAAGGUCAACUUCUUCCAGCUUCUUUAACCUUAUUAAUCCAAAAGGUGUUGCGCAAUACGUGCAUGACAAACAAGGUCCCUUCACAACUUCUUUUGGUGUUGAAGGGAAUGCUUGGAGUUUAGCAGAAGAAGGUGAUCCCCAUUGGCCAGACCUUCAAUAUUUACUAAUAUCUGGUUCCCCAGGCAUCGAUUUUGGUAUUUUCCUUUCCGACCUAAUUGGAUUCACGAGAGAGCUUUAUAAUGAAUAUUUUGGGCCUCUAAGAGGCCAAGAUGGAUUUUGUAUUGGUCCCAUGUUGACGCGAGCAAAAAGCAGAGGAUCAAUUACUUUGGCAUCAAAUGAUCCUAAGGUUCCCCCUAAUAUUGAUCCCAACUACUUCAGUCAUCCUGAUGAUGUUAGAACUUUAAUUAGAGGUGUUAAAUUUGCCAGGAAAAUCGGCAAUGCACCAGGUCUGAAAGUUGACUAUGGAGCCAGGUUUCAUGAUCAGCCUCUGCCUGGAUGUAAGCACCUUAUCGUUGAAUCUGAUGAAUAUUGGGCAUGUUUUAUUGCACACAUGUCAACUACAACUUACCAUCCUGCUGGUACUUGUAAAAUGGCACCACCUUCAGAUCCAUAUGGAGUUGUGAAUCAUCGAUUACAGGUACGAGGCACAGAAGGUUUAAGAGUCGUAGAUGCUUCAAUUAUGCCACUGAUCGUAUCUGGCAAUCUUAAUGCUCCAGUGAUCAUGAUAGGAGAACGUGCCGCUGACCUCAUUAAGGAAGACUGGGGUAUUCCUAUCACUCCUUUAUGAGCAAUAAGAAAAUUGAUGGACUUUUCUGGUCCAUUGGUUCCCCAGCAUGUAAAUUACAUAGAUCUUUGUACAGCAUUGAUGACACUGUUGUGACAAUCUAUAUAAACAUGCAAGUGACAAAAGCCAUAUUUAUACCAUAGCAUGAGAACUUUUAGCAUGUAGAAGUUCAGAAUUCUUAAUAGUACCUCUCUUGAUGCUCAAGUCACUUCAGAAUCCUUCAGAACAGUAGUGUAUACUAUUACAGUGGUUACAUGAACCAUUUUGUUGUUGUUACAAAAUCGUAUAAGAAUUUCUUUAGCUGUUUAGUUAAGCAUGACGGUUUACUCCUGUUUUUCUUGAAUGUCAUGAGUAAUGUUCUGUACUUCAGCUGAGAGCAGUGUGCAAUUCUUAAGAAUAUAUUUUUUUAUUCCUGUAUUUCUUAAAAAGUAUAUUAUAUUACUGUAAUUACCACUAGGGCAUUAAAAUAUCCAGUGUAUAUAUUUUAGAGCAAGUUUUGUCAGAUUGGUAUCAAGGUAUUCUCAUAAAAACCAUUGCUGUACUGGAAUCUUAUGCUUUGGAGAUGUACAAUUUUUAUUUUCAGAAAUCCAUCCAAUUUUUCUUCCUCUCAUUUUGUUUUCUAUGUAUCACCAUUCCAGUACAUUACUUCUGUUUUGAUGUUCAACCUCUCUUCACUAUUACUUCUUAGUAGUACUUGGGUUUUCUCCCAUCUCCCAGUUUUUCCUUUAGAUCCUUGCAUGUCAUUUAUUUUCUGGGUCACAUUAUAUUGCUCUUACCACACCACUAGAACUCACACUUUUAAUCCAUUUCAGAUUUUGGGAAAAACUGACUGAUAAACUUAACUAAAGCUUGUUUGUAUUCUAUGCAGCAUCAUCUAGUUGUCCAAAACCCUUUUGGUUUGUGGACUGAAUUUUUAAUGAAAAGAGCAUUUUCUUCAGUCAAGGAAAUGGGGUUUAUUUCAACUAAGUUAGAACACCUAUGUCAUAUUGUAAGCAAAUUAGUAUAGAUUAGUUAUGUGUACAUUCUUGUACCUCAGUGGACGUCUUCCACAAAUGUCAGUUUCCAUGAAAUUAUUGAGGCUCGUGACAGGCUGGUUAUUCUAGACAAAUUUUCUCUCCUACUUGCCUUUCAUUGUUUUCAGCUGAAAAAAAAAAAUGGUGGCAAACACUGUGCUUAAUUUUGUAUCUGAACGAGGAGUCUUUAGGUUUGUUUUAGGAACAAAGUUCCAAAUCAUUUUUGUAUCAAGUGUCAAACCCACCUCA